AAAGGAGGACAAACUGGCUCUGAUUGUGGCUUGAAACAGAGACAGGUCGAUGAAGAUCAAUAUCAAGUCCAACGAAUGAAAUGAUAUUGGAUGGGGCUUUUUUCAGGGAAUUUAGUUUGGAUCUGACUCGAAUACAACGUAUCAGUGAAACUAUCACUGUCGACUUUACCUAGUGAGGUGGAAAACAAUUGAUUCUUGUUUCUGACAAUUCGUCAUUCUCAGUACUGACGAGCCAGUAAUCACUGCAAGCAGUGGUUUUCAACAGCGAUGCCACCCAAACGGAAGAAGUUCAACUCUCGCUUUCCUCCGGCUAGAGUGAAAAAGAUUAUGCAAACUGACGAAGAAGUGGGGAAAGUAGCAGCGUCAGUGCCCAUUCUUGUAUCCAAAGCAGUGGAGAUGUUUAUGCAGUCUUUAUUGAGUGCAGCAAGUGAGCAGGCGUCCAGUAAGAAAGUCAAGACUAUGAGUGCUGUGCACAUGAAGAUGUGCAUUGAGUCGGAGCGACAGUUCGACUUCUUGAAAGACCUCGUCGCCAAUGUGUCUGAUGUUGCCGCGGAAGAUGGUGAGAACCACAGUUCGUCCGGUGCAACCACGGCGCCCGUUCGGAAAAGAAAAGCCAGCUCGAGCACUUCACGUUCCUCGGCUACACAAUCGUCCGGAGAUCCAUCUGCCGCCGAAGAUACACACUCUGGCACCUGGUCAGUACAAGCGCAGGCUGAAUCGAGCACGCCUAAAAAGCGUGGCAAGAGCCGAGCGGCACCACUCAGUCCUAACCUUUCUCCGCCGGCCAAGCAGCCAGACAUAGGUAAUGCAGAUGGUGCUGCGCCUGCAUUACCUAUGGCGGCCCCUUCGGCUGCGGAUGUGUCAUCGACAAUGUCACCAGCUAGGGCCGGUCUUGCGACAGCGGCAGCAUUUGUACCGCCAGCGACCCUGCCCGAGUAUGCAACUCCUCUUCUUGGCAUAUCACAGUUUGGCGCUGCCAGGCCUGAUGCGGAUGAUGAUGACGAUUACGAUGCCUGAUCUGGUGUCUGAGAUUGCGCCAGUGCCCACGCCCUGCAUCCUUCCCAGUCUCUCCCUUUGUUUGGCCAAGCCCACCCAUGAGUUACUACAGAUACCCAUCCCGCUACUAGAUUUAUCCAAUAUUGGGCUGCAUUGCUGCAUUGCCUCCGCCCUGCCAGUCCCCUCCAUUCGUCCUGAUCCUGCCCUCGGUGUGUGCAUGUGUGCGUCUGUGCAUGCGCUGUCUUGUUUAGAGUGUGGUGAUUUCCUCUAUUUUUAGAUCUCUUCCCUGUCGCUCUUUUUUUUAUAUUUCCACGAAGAUUGUCCGCCUAUAGAACGCAGCGCCAAGGUAGUUGCUGUGCACAGUUGUACAUACGAACGUAGUCCUCUUAGGCAUAGAGAAACAACUUGCUAAUACUGCUCAUUUAGGUUGUAUAUUUUACUUUCCUUCUGUUCUCUCCAACUCUUCUGUACAUACUACAAUGUCAUGUAAGUAUCCGGCUUCUCGUCUAGGUCUGCUAGGUUAAAAUGGUUGUUUCUUCUGUAUUUUGUCAUGAUCCAUGGUUGAAUACGCAGCAGUACAUUAAAAUCCUAUUUUUGAUUCCGCCACAUCCAUGUACUUCGAAAAAAAGAAGAAGAAAAAAAAACAGAAAAACUAAUAACUAUAAA